GGAGGGGACUGUGUGAGUUAGCACCUAGAGCGAGAGGCGUCGGGCAGCGCCGUUAUCCAGAGGGAGAAAGGGUUCUUUCCGCCCCCCCCACCCAUUUGAUCCACUUAUAACGUCAGCCUUUGCUAUGAAGUACUAUUCCGCGGUUUCCAGGUACGCGGUCCCUGCGGUCAACCUGAAGCCCGCCCGCACCGUGCAUUUCCCCAAUGACAUUGUCUUCCAGGAUCACAUUCGCCAGGGUGACCUUGAGCAAGUGGGGCGGUUCAUCAGAGCGAGAAAGGUGAAGCUGGACACUUUGUACCUGUCGGGAAUGGCAGCUUUACACGAAGCUGUCCUGUCUGGGAACUUGGAAUGUGUAAAACUGCUGAUCAAGUACGGGGCUGAUAUUCACCAGAAGGACGAGAAUGGCUGGACUGCUCUACACAUGAGCUGCAGUGAUGGGCACGUUGAGAUUGCAAAAUACCUGCUGUCUCAGGGAGCCCGAGUGGACAUGCUGAAUGAUAAUGGUGAGGCCCCCAUGGACCUGAUUGACUCUGAAGAUGUCAAGCUGCGGGCACUAUUCGAGCUCAGGGAUGGCUGAGAACACCUAACAGGAUUCCUCGAUUGAGGCAUAUUUCACCACCAGAUGGUACACUGACUGGAUCUGAAAGUGGAACUAGCCUUCAGCUCAGCUGAGGAAGUGCCAGCAUUUUUUCCAUUAACUAGAAGAGUUGCAAGUGCAGGACACUUUCUGCAGAACUUGGUCAAGGGCCUACAUAGUUCCUCUGAGUUUAUUUUCUUCUGAGUCUUGGCUUUAUGAAUAGCAUUAUUCUGGUAAAUUUUAAAUGGUGCUAUCAAGAGGUUAACUGGUGAUUUUAAAGAACUCUACAUUUCUGUUGCCAGGUGUAUUGGUGCCAGCAUUUCAACCUUCCAAUGGUAGCAUUUAGCACUGCCUGCUUUUGCCAACUCCUUGUUACGAACUGAAAGAUAACAAGUCUUACACACAUUAGCGUCUUAUUUGCUGUGAUUCCUCACCUCACCCCCUGCUUUCUACAUAUCCAGAGCCACCACAGGCUUGCUUCUAAAUAUCAUUGCGAUUAGGGCCACUUGAUUGGAAAAAAGCUCAUUACUUUAUGUCGGAGUGUGAAAUUUUGAAACUAUAGUGAGCAAUGGUCUGCUGAAUUUUAAAAACAGAAGUUACCAAUUAGAUCUGGAAUUCUCUUCCUAGGCCUCUCCUACUGUGAGAUCUGCUUUGAAACCUACCUCUUUAAUGAAGUUUUUAAUUGCCUCCCCUAAUGCAUCCCUUGUUUGACGAUAUCAACUUUGUUCUGAUUAAACCCUUAGUGCAGUGCUUAUGGGAUGCUUUAUUGUGUUAAAAGUGUUCUAUAAAUGCAGCUUCUUGUUAUAAUAUGUACUGGACCAUGUUUUGUAUAUUUAUAAAUGAAUAAAGUUCUACAUUUUGUUACUAA